AUGUCAUCUCUGUGCUUGAGUGACUUUCCUCCAAAUAGAACAGAGUUUGGUUAUUUCAUUUGCAACAUCUCUGGUGUCAAUAUAACACGGAACGAGAGUGGACAAUAUUUGCCUCAGACUGUCGAUGACAUUCUACUGAGAGUUCUUGGGCCAAGGAGAUCUCCCUUUUUCCUCCCGGUCACCCUCACCUACCUGCUGAUUUUCAUCACAGGAGUAGUGGGAAACAUCCUUACAUGUACAGUCAUUACCAAGCACAGGAAGAUGCGUACACCUACCAACCUUUACCUCUUCAGCCUAGCCAUAUCUGACCUACUAGUGCUGCUCUUUGGUAUGCCUCUGGAGAUCUAUGACCUGUGGCAAAACUACCCUUUCCCAUUUGGUGAAAGUGUCUGCUACUUUAAGAUAUUCCUUUUUGAAACAGUCUGUUUCGCCUCUGUCCUCAAUGUGACUGUGCUGAGUGUGGAGCGUUAUGUGGCUGUGGUUCACCCACUGAAAACCCGUUAUGUCAUUACCAACAAGCAUGCUCAGCGGGUCAUUACAGGAGUGUGGGUCAUAUCUCUGGUCUGUGCCAUUCCCAACACCUCCCUCCAUGGCCUCUACUACUUGUAUCUGCCUGAGAGGGUGCUGGAAUCAGCAACUUGCAGUCUUCUGAAGCCGCGAUGGAUCUACAACCUGGUCAUCCAGAUCACCACUAUCUUCUUCUACUUCAUUCCCAUGACCGUGAUUAGCGCUCUCUACGUGGUGAUUGGGAUACGGCUGGGCCGAGAGCAGAGAAGGCAAGGUGGCAAACUAGGGAAGAACUGCAGCUCCAACACCAGCUGGAAAAUCCAUGUGGAGGGGGGUCGAAGGAGGCAGGUCACCAAAAUGCUUUCUGUAGUGGUGCUGGUCUUUGCUGUCUGCUGGGCUCCGUUUCACAUAGACCGACUCCUGUGGAGCUUCAUCACCCAGUGGACGGACCUCAUGCAUGAUGUCUUUGAAUAUGUGCACAUCCUUUCAGGUGUUCUGUUCUACCUCAGCUCUGCUGUCAAUCCCAUCAUCUACAACCUGCUCUCCUCACGGUUCCGAGAACGCUUUCGCGAACUGAUGUGCAGUCACCUUCAGAGCAGAACCUCUUCCCACAGACCUGCUCCACCCUGCAGGAUUAAAGAGGGCCCCAUCACCCUCAUACCUAAUGGCCCCAUAAAGUCCAGUGUUUCAAGAUACUCUAAUCGCUCUGUUACCUCUAACUUUGAUUGGGAACAGGUGGAUGAGACCACCUUCAUGUGA